AUGGCAGACAAGUUCGUCACCACCCACGCCGGAGCUAAGAAAGCGGAGGCAAGAGUAAAUGACAUAUUCGCCGUUAGGCAAUCGCCUGGCCAAGGACUCAGGGACUUCCUCGCUCGGUUUAACAGGAUGAGAAUGAGCUUACCUAAUGUAUCAGAGGGGAUGGUGGUAGCAGCCUUCCAAAACGGGUUGAACAAGAAUGGGUCGAGGGCGACCAGGAAGUUGUUAAAGCCGAAGAAAGACCGGCGUAAUGACAGUCGAAAAGAGCUAUCAGGCCUACGCCUCAAUCGAGACAGGCAUCAACCCUAUGUCAGAACAGCCAUUCCACCACCCCCUCGGCAUGCGAAAGGGCCGUCCAGACCACACACAGGGACUCAGCGAAACGAAAGAGGUAUGCCUCCACUAUUAUCGGCUCACAAUAUUUGUGUUUCUCCUUCAGAAGUAGUGUACACACUAGAAAAGCUUGGCACAAAGGUGAAGUGGCCGCAAAAGAUGAAGUCCGACCCAAGUACCCGAAAGUCAAACGUCUUUUGUCAGUUUAACCAGGAGUGGGGUUACAAAACCGAAGACUGCAUAGCCCUACAGCAAGAAGUAGUAAACAUGCUAAACCAAGGACACCUGAAGGAGCUGAUGAGUGACCGAGGACGAGCCAACUUGGGCCGCGGACGAGAAUAA